UAGUCGCGUGUCACUAGCUCAACAGGUCUUCCCGGGAGGGUUCUCAGUACGGUCACAGCCAGGUCACAGGUUAAUCAGCGGACCACAGGUUAGAGUCGAGAAGAUCGCGAUGACUACGAUCAGCCAGGAUGGAGUGAAGGCGGCUAGAACGUGCAGCGUGAUUUUUGUGGCUCUGGUGGCUGUCGGCUUGCUUUGCUCCGCUCACGCUUCUCCUAUCACGAAGGCUGACUCCCAGAGGCUCGACAUCACCGCAGCAUCCCGGGCCAAGAGGAACUCCAGGAUAAUUGAAGAGUGCAUGUUGGUGGGGCUGGAAGAAGGCACCUACUUCUACAAGAGCCGCGGCACCGGCGACGUCUGCGGCGUCUACCUCAUCAGCCAGCCGGACGAGGCCAUCCAGGUGUCUUUCGAUUACCUCGAUGUCGACUGUGACGUCAACGGCCUCGUCAGCUUCGUGGACGGCUGGGAGCUGGGUGGCGAGCUGUUCCCGAGCGAGGUGGACGCGCCUCUGGAGGGCCGCGUGCACGAGUUCUGCGGGAGGCUCAAGAAGAAGGUGUUCCAGAGCUCAGGGAACGCGGCUCUGAUCCAGUACCGGGUGCCGAGGAGGGGCAACGGCUUCAAGAUCACCGUGAGAUAUACCAAGAAUCCCACACCCUGCAACAUCCUAGUCGACGACGUGUCCGGCCUGUACACCCUGAGGAACCACGGACGCCGCUCCAACUGCUCCAUCACCACCAUCUUCCCGGCGUCCGUCACCAUCGCCCAGAUCGCCGUCGGGAUCAAAGGCUCCCUGGUGCCGAACAGGGCCAUCGAGACGGGCGUGCUCAGCCGGUGUGAGAAGCGCGGGUCGAGGGACUACGUGCAGAUCGGCGGCGCACAGGGGUUGGACGUCACCAAGCUGGAGGUCGAGGACUCGGUGUGCGGACUCGACUCCAACCCACGUCUGCCAGCGUCGCACAUUCUCUGCGGCAUGACCACCGUCCGCAUGGUUUCUUCAGGACUAACUGACAACUCCAUCACUCUUGCCAUCUCGCAGAUCUCCGAUUUUGAUAUCAUGCCAACGCUGAUGUGUGACUUACCUCUGUAAGUUCGUGAGUCGCCUUCCCACAGAGGUCCUUCAGAAGACAUCCGACCAGAAGCUUUGUUUCUAUCCCCUCUCCUCUCAUCUCCUUGCCAAAAAAAAGAUGCUCGUCCGCUCGUCCAUCUCUCCACCUGUCCACUCGUCCACUUCGUCCACUCGUUCACUCGUCACUCGUCCCUCUGAGAAAAGGAAAUAUGAUUAGGAUGAAUUUCGUUCGUUCGUUCAGAGAUGGAUAAAAAAAAAAUCUUUUUUUUCUUUUUUCUUUCUUUCUGUCUUUCUUUUUUGUGGUUGUUUAUUUAUUUAUUUAUGUUUUUUUUUUUAGGAUGAGAGGUUUGCUGUUCGAUUUGUUUCUUUUCUUUUUACUUUUUGCUUUGGUUAUUAUCGUUUGUUUUUUGUGUUUCCCUCUUUCGCUCCCCUUCGAAUGAACUGUGUGAAAGGUGCAAGUGAAAAUAAACAGUUCUGACAAAGCAGCAGAUGUAAUUUAUGGAAUGCUGAUGAAGAUGUGAAUCAAACCGCUUCAUUUUGCGUCUGUUGUGUGAAGUUAUUUAUUCUUAUUUUUAUACUAUGUACAGUAUAAAAUGUUGAAGAUGUGUCAUUAUCGUAACCUCAUUUGUUCAACUUUUGCCUCUUUCUGUCAUAUCUUGAUCCGUUUGAUUUCCUAUCUCUAUCUUUUCUUUUGUUUCAUCUUUCCUUCCAUCUUUUUCAUCCUGUUAUUAUUUGUUAUCACUUGUUCCUUAAUUGUAAAUCAGACAGAAGACCUUAUCUCAGAUUCUUGAAUCGUCUCUCUCUCUCUCUCUCUCUCUCUCUCUCUCUCUCUCUCUCUCUCUCUCUCUCUCUCUCUCUCUCUCUCUCUCUCUCUUUCAUCCCCCCUUCUCUCUCUUUCUCUGAACCGGUCACAAAGACGCUUGAAGGAAGAAUAAAUACAAAUAAACGAGUCAGCAGGAAAAUGGCUACACAAAAUCACUACCAAUGACAAGCAACAGCCAGCUUUUAUCGGAAAAGAAAAGACCAACAAAUUGGACCUCCCUUUCCCCUUCCCCUCCAUCCUCCCUCUCUGUACUGCUUAUUACACUUUUAUUUUAUAGUUUAGGGACCGAAAAAAGAGAGAAAUUAAAAAAGAUACAUGAUUAAUAAGGUAUUUUGAAGAUUAGCUCAGCGACUGUGCUCGCCUUGGGAUAUCUCGACCCUAGACAAUCAGUGACAUGGGAUUCAACCCUAUAAAAUGGCGAAUCAGAUGUCCCGGAUGAAGGUUUUGAUUCGCAACGUCCGUAGGUUUUAUUCCAGUUGUCCGUUUCAUUCCCCUAUGGCUCUGUCCAAUUUUUUUUUGGGUUGGAGGAAAAACAACCUGAUAUAUAUGUAUAGCUAUUUAGUUACUUAUUACCAUUACUAUUUGUUUGGAUUAGAACACUGUUCUUUCAGUAAUCAGUACUGGAAAAUGUUUACAGAACGGCCAACGAGUGUAGGAUAAACAAACAGAACUGACCAAACCCGCCAAAAUGAAAGCAAACGUUCUUCUAAGGUGAUGUGAAAAGAAAAAAAAAAAGAAAAAGACGAAAAGCAAAACGAAAGAGCAUUGUAUGGGAGGAGACGAUUAGUAAUCAAUCCUAGUUCAGUUAUGGGCGCUUAUGUACAUAUUAUUUUGAAGGUUACUGACCUUUUUAAGAAGGAGAAUUUGACUACGAAAUAUAGCAUCAUGGAGAAGCAUGUUCUGGGUCACCUAACUUACAUGUCAGUGUAUAUCAGUAUUGUGACAACAUGAAAUAAUGUAUGAAAUUGGAAAUAAAUAUGAUUCUAAA